AGACUGAAGGGGAGGAGCCGCUACACCUGUGCAAGACUGAAGGGGAGGAGCCGGUACACCUGUGCAAGACUUAAGGGGAGGAGCAGGUACAGCUGUGGAAGACAGAAGGGGAGGAGCCGCUACACCUGUGCAAGACUGAAGGGGAGGAGCCGCUACACCUGUGCAAGACUGAAGGGGAGGAGCCGGUACACCUGUGGAAGACUGAAGGGGAGGAGCUGGUACACCUGUGCCAUACUGAAGGGGAGGAGCCGGUACAGCUGUGGAAGACUGAAGAGGAGGAGCCGGUACACCUGUACAAGACUGAAGGGGAGGAGCCGGUACACGUGUGCAAGACUGAAGGGGAGGAGCCGGUACAGCUGUGGAAGACUGAAGGGGAGGAGCCGGUACAGCUGUGGAAGACUGAAGGGGAGGAGCCGGUACACCUGUACAAGACUGAAGGGGAGGAGCCGGUACACGUGUGCAAGACUGAAGGGGAGGAGCCGGUACAGCUGUGGAAGACUGAAGGGGAGGAGCCGGUACACCUGUACAAGACUGAAGGGGAGGAGCCGGUACACGUGUGCAAGA